AGAUCUUCAUUGGCCUAAUAUUACCGGGAGGUGGAGAGAAAGGAAAAGCAAAUGACCAAUCGCGGGGCCCACCGCGCGCCCUGGUUGCCCCGGGAAACCUAACAGCAGGCAUCAGCGGGGCUCAGACCCGGGCCAGCGGGUCGAAUAUGGACAGCCAAAACGGGGACACCGAGGGCGAAGGCCGAGCCGAGGAAGGCCUGAUCAGGCAGCCGCCCGAGAUUAAGGUUAGCUCCGAACCUCUGACUCCGGCGGACCCUACGGAGCCGGAGCCGGAGCCGGAGCCGGAGCCGGAGCCGGAGCCGGAGCCGGAGCCGGAGUCGGGGCAGGAGCCGGAGCCGGAGCCGGAGCCGGAGCCGGAGCCGGAGCCGGAGCCGGAGCCGGAGCCGGAGCCGGAGCCGGAGCCGGAGCCGGAGGCUGAGCCUGAGCCUGAGCCCGAGCCCGAGCCCGAGCCCGAGCCCGAGCCCGAGCCCGAGCCCGAGACCCAGCCGGUGGCGGACAGCUUAAAAGCAGAGGCUUCAGACGAGCAUGAAUACACGCCUGUUGAGGCCCCGGAAAGUCCCAGGGACUCUGAGGUCGCGGGCGAGGCAGUAGAGGCUGCGAGCGAGGCGGUAUCCCAAGAGCCAGAGAGUCUGCCACAGACCAAGCCCAAGACCGAGGCGGAGCCCAAAGAGCCGGAGGACAAAGACGAGGACGAGGAUGAGGAUGAGAGCGACGAGGACGAGGAUGAGGACGAGGACGAGGACGAGGAACUCGACAAGUCGGAGAAGAAGAAGGGGAAGAGGGAGAAGACGAAGGAGUCACGGUUCCGGCCCUCUCUACCUCUGACCACGAUUGUUGAGGAGGCGGCUGCCCCAGCCCCACGAGCUGCGAAAGAGAAAGCAAAGGGGCCACAGAAGAGAGACAGUGAAGAGAUCGAGGUGAUAGGUGGAGAACCGCGCAAGAAAAGCACAGAAGAGCAUCUUCAACCUGGAGAGGAGAAGGAAGAAGGGGAAGAGAAAGUAGAGAAAGUAGAGAAAGAGGCGGACGCUGAUGAGUUUGAGUGGUCGGCGGAUGUGCGGAAGCUGCAAGAGCAGCAGCUGCGGGGCGAGCUGGUAGAGCAGUAUCACUCCCUGCUGGUGGAGCGUAACCGUUAUCAGCGCUACAACGUUUACCUACAGCAGAAGAUUCAUGAGACCCUACGCAAGAAGGGUCUGGAAGCAGCAGCGGAACCUGUGGACAAGGGCGCUGAACCAGAAUCUCCUGAGAAAGAGCAAGCAUACUUGCGCUAUCUGGCCAUGCUGGAGGAACUGAAGAAACAAGAGGCAGAUGACUUAGAGUGGUACCGUCAUGAGGUGCGUGAGCUGAAGCAGCAGUGCCAGGAGAAGCAGGCCAAGGUGGAGAAAGAGUGGAAGCGUUUCCAGGCCCUCAAGAAGCAGGUGGUGAUGCAGGUCAUGGGCAGUUGCCGCAUGCGCGGUGGGCGCCAGGCUGCUCUGAGAGAGGUGGAACAGAUUCAGGCUCUGGAGGAUAAAAAGGAGAAGGAGAUGAGCGCCGUGCGUCUCGAGAACGUGCAGCUGAAGCAGAGCCUGGUACACUUUGAAACCAGGAUGAAGGCCCAGGAGGACUUGGCUGAGGGGCUGCUCCUCAUCGACUUUGAACAGCUAAAAAUUGAGAACCAGACCUUCAAUGAGAAAGUAGAGGAACGAAACGAGGAACUUUUAAAACUGCGUACUAAGGUGACCAGCAACGUCCAGAUUAUAACACACGUGAAGGAAAAGCUGUCUUUCAUAGAUAUGGAGAACUCAUGCAAAAAGGCACAACUUUCGGAGGUGGAUGCCAAGGUGGCCCUAGGAAGAGACCUAUUGACGAAGACAAAACAAGCCCGAGACAGCCUGCGAACCGACAACGUCAAGUUGAGUCAGAAAUGUGGGCUUCUGGGUAAGGAAUCACUGCUCCGAGACUUGGAAGAAAAGGUGGAGAAGACAGAAUUGCUUAAUAGGCGCCUGGAAUCCCUGAAGCGCCAUCACGCCGGGCUCGCCUUGUCCUGCAAAGGGGUGAAGCAAAAAAUUAGGGAAGCCAAAUCGUUCCUUCCCUCUUGACAGUCCUUGACAGGACAGUUGGCAAAAUGUCUGCAACUCCAGAAACUGUCCCUUACUCUCUUCUGCCUCUUGAUUGUCAUUCUGUGGAACUUGGAAUGCAACUUUUUGGUCUGGCUUCCAGCUUUCAAAUUUCUGAUGAACAUAUCCAUCUAGCAGUAGGUUCUACAUGAGGUUAAGUAAAAUAUAUCUAGAGAGUGGGGUAAUUAAAUUGACUUCUGAUGAAAAGCCUUUAUAGCCAAGUAGCCCCGUAGUCUAAAGGAACUGUUUCUUGCCUAUGUCUAAGGAUGGCUUAAAGGUUCAACGAGUGGGCAAGGUACAGAAAACCUCUAUGCACUGAUCCGAUGACUCAGUUGUCUUUGUACUAAUUAAACUUAAGAGUAUUUAA